UAUUUCUACGUUCGUAGCAUUUGCGUAAAUCCAACAUGGCGGAAGUUAAGCCAGCCACGAUGGAGAGAGACUUCAGUAAGGUGAUUUUAACCUUAGAAAAUGUCCUGAUUCCAGAUGAAAAGUUAUCCCCAACACCUUCGAUGCAAGAUGGUUUGGAUCUUGAAACAGAAACUGAUCUCAGAAUACUUGGAUGUGAGCUUAUCCAGACUUCCGGAAUUCUGCUCAAGUUACCGCAGGUAGCAAUGGCGACUGGACAAGUGUUAUUUCAGAGAUUUUAUUAUUCGAAGUCAUUUGUGAAACACAACAUGGAGGUUUUAGCAAUGGCAUGUGUAAACCUAGCAUCAAAGAUAGAGGAAUGUCCACGCAGAAUUCGAGAUGUUAUUAACACAUUCCAUCAUGUCAAACAAGUCCGCAAUCAAAAAAACAUUCAUGCAUUGGUACUAGACCAAAACUACAUCAAUCUUAAAAAUCAAGUGAUCAAAGCUGAAAGGCGUGUGCUCAAAGAGUUAGGCUUCUGUGUGCAUGUGAAACAUCCGCACAAGGUAACUGUUGUUUUAAUUUUUCUGUUAAAAGUUGUUAGGAAUAAAGUCAUGUUUUUUUGUACUUUUUAUAUUUUCAGGAAUUACAUGAAUGAUAGUUUCCGAACAGACGUUUUUGUUCGCUACAAUCCGGAGACAAUUGCUUGUGCAUGUAUAUGGUUAGCUGCUAGGCAACUUCAGGUACCAUUGCCAAACAGUCCACCAUGGUAUGAGUUGUUUGGUGUGAUAGAGGAAGACAUACGAGAGAUCUGUCUUACAAUUCUAAGAUUGUAUGCCAGGAAAAGGCCAAAUCCUGAUGCAUUGGAGAAGAAAGUGAAUGCUGUGCGAACAUUACAGCUUGAAGCUAAAAAGAAGGCAAAAGGACUUUUCUCAGAACGAGACACACCAAAUUCUACCUCGAGGCAGAAUUCGCCAAAGAAUGUCAGUCCUAAUCCAACCACUUUAAUAGGAGAGCUCAAGAAAAGAAUAAAGAAGGAAGCUGAGGAAAAACAUGAUGGUGAUGGAUCUAAGAGAAGAAAAAAUGGUGUUUCCAGAAGCCGGUCGAGAAGUCGAUCAAGGUCAUCAAGAUCAAGUAGAAGUUACAGCCCAGCACAAAAGAAACGAAAGCGAAAGGAGUCUCACACCAAGAAAAUCUAAAAAAGAGAAGUACUCGCCAGAUAGAAGGAGCGGCAAGGAUCUUCAACAAGUCUCGCAAGCGAAAACAUCGAUCUCGUA